AUGUCUUCUUAUCGAGAUUCUUAUUUCCAGUACCAACACUAUAUUGAAAGUUAUCAUACGUUAUAUGUUGAAUGGAAUGAUGAUAAGUUCCCUCUGAUCGAGGAGGAGUUUGGUAAUAAAGCUGGCCUUGACACGGAUAAGGCCCAUUUAGGAAAUGCCGACCGCUCGAUCUCUAGUAACAAUGUCGACAACGAUACGAUAAACCGUAGCGGGAGCGGGAUCGAUGGGGUGAACAACAACAUGGGUUAUUGGGACCAAUUCCACGAUGAGGAAGACUGGGAAUUAUUUAGAUCGUUCCACCUGGGUUCGAACGGUAUUGUGACAUUUAAUAUUAUGAAUGGGAAUAACGAUAAUGGAGGCGGCAAUGGAUACAUAGACAACGAUAACGUGACCAUUGAUUUCGAUGACAUAGCUGGUCAGGUGUUAAUCAAAGGAGCUAAACAUUUGAAAGAUGGUUUGCAACCAGAAAGCAGGUUCCAUACGCGCAAUGCAGGAAACAAUAAUAUAUUUGACUUUGAAAAUAAUAACCUGGUUAACAACCACGAUGGAACAGCGGAGGACCAGCCGAGCAGCCAACAAGACAUGAAUUCGAACCAAGAGGAAUCUGAUGAUAGCAAGAGCCCGCAAAACACCAAAUACAUACAGAUACGCAACGACGCGGUCCCAGAAACUGUGUCUGGAAUCAUAUUCAGCCAACAAAGGGGAGCCCUGCAAAUUGCAAGAAAGAGGUGUAACAAUUGGAACGAUUGGGUGUAA